CCCUAUAGAUGUCACAUUGUGAAACAACUAUUGUCAUACUAUUUUCUGAUAUUUUGCAUGGAAUUUAAUAUCUAACACAGACUAAGUAUAUUUUGAUUGCAAUAUGAGCAUGAGUGUUUUAGUUGGAAGUAGAUAUAACUAGGUGCUAUUCCAUUUGUAGUUUACGUAUUGUCGAAAAUAAUGGCAGAUAAUUCUAAUUGUAUUGAUGUUCAGUCUGAAGCUGACAGGCUGAGAGAAGAUGAAUUGGCGAGAGAAUUGGAUCACAGUGACUCGAAUGAAGACGACUCACAAGAGAUAUCUUUAGAGAUAGAAGAGAAAUUGUUAAAAGAUGAACCAGAGUAUACAACCUUGAUGAAUUAUGGUGAAAGUGUGCAGACAUCCAAUAAUAUAGAAAGUGAAAUUGUGGAAACCUAUUCAGACAGCUCUCAGAAUAUAGAAACUGUUCAUCGAGCUGAUGAACUGGGAAAUGUCUAUACUGAUAACUCUGAUACAUUUGUUGGUUCACAAACUGAUCCAAUCACAGAUCAAUAUGAAUUUGACAACUACUCUUUUGAUAAUGCUCAUAUAAUUAAUAGUGAAUCUGAAACUGAGCCAUACAUUGAUAAAAUAGAUACAAAUAAUGAGGUUAAAGACAAUAUAGUAAUACCAGAUAUGAAUGAUUUCCAACAAAAUGAGUCUUUAAAUAAUUAUGAAUCUCAAACAGCAGAAGAAUUGCUAAUGAGUGAAAAGGAGAGAGAGAAGAAAAGUAAAAAAGAAUUAGAAGAAGAAGAGCGAGAAAAAAUGCAAGUCCUAGUUUCUAAUUUCACAGAAGAGCAGUUAAAUAGAUAUGAAAUGUAUAGACGUGCUGCAUUUCCAAAGGCGGCUGUGAAGCGCCUGAUGCAAACUAUAACAGGCUGCUCUGUGGGCCAAAAUGUUGUAAUUGCAAUGUCUGGUAUUGCAAAAGUUUUUGUAGGAGAAGUUGUGGAAGAAGCUCUGGAAGUACUGGAAAAAUCAGGAGAACCUGGACCCUUGCAGCCGAAACAUCUCAGAGAAGCAUUACGUAGACUAAGAAUGAGAGGAGCAUUACCACCCAGGAAAGCUUACAGGAGUAUGUUUAGGCUCUAGUAUUAUUAAAUAUGAAAUAAGCUUGUUAUAAAGUGUAAAUAUUAACAAUUGUUGCAUAGUGUUUAAUAUAAUAGAGUGAGAUUGUAAACUGACAAAAAUGUAAUCCAAAACUUUUUGACACAUUAUACCUAAUCUAUUGACACCAAAACAUCGAAUUGUGAAAUGGGAUUGGUUGUUUGAAAUAUUGGAAGUACGUUAGUGUAUUUUU